AACAAGACAACCCGAAGAAACGGGCCGGAAAUGACAGCCCAAGUUUAUAAAAUAAAAACCAUAAGGGAUGGGCCGACUUUGUCAGAGCAUAAAAUUCAAUUGGCGUCCAGGCUCUCGUAGGUUCAGGCGAAACGAUCACUCAUUCUCUCUCAAGAAUGGAAGCGAAAAAAGAGCAAUCAUCUCCUGCUGUGUCUACGCCUAUCAGCACUUCAUGUAGAAAGAAGAAAUCUGAAGAAGCAACUUUCUUGGAGGACGUGAAGGACCAUAUUGAUGAGUUUAUUCAUGCUUCCAUGGAGGAACAUGCAACCUGCUUUAAGAAAACUGUAAAAAAGAUGUUUGGAAUGUCAAAAAUCGUUGCUGAAAGGAACUCUGAGAGUAAGGAAGUUGAAAGUUCUCUACCCCUUCGAACAACUGUUGCUGACUAAAGUUAUAUAUCAAUCCAGUCGUAGUGUGGUACAAUAAACUGGUACUAAUAAAAUAAGCAAAUGGUUUACAUGAUUUUGUAGAGACUACUAUUUGAAUGUAUGAAUAUUAUGUCCAUCCAUGAGUGCAUACUGCAUUUCUGGAGCUUCAGUUGUUAGUAAGAAGAUCUGAAGUUUUAACCCCUUAA